AAAACUUGGAUGUUGUGCCGGAACAUUGAUAUUAGGAUCUUUAAGAUCCUUCAAAUUGCUUAGUAAAUACAGUAUAGUAAAUUGAAUGCAUUUGUGGGACCAGCCAGACCACUAAGGGCACAAAAAUCUGUUAAGAGUGGAUGCAGGCUUGUUUUCAGAAGAUCCUUUUCUGACACAUCGAGGUACAAAUGAUCUCAUUAUAAGCUAGUUGUCUAGGACACCUACACAUUAGGCACCAAACUAGAGUCACUCAAAGUGAAAGGAGGAUAACCCAAAUUUGCUUUUGGAACCAUGAAAAUUUUGCUCGUUUUUGACUUUGACAAUACAAUCAUAGAUGAUAAUAGUGACACCUGGAUUGUACAGUGUGCUCCAGAGAAAAAGCUUCCUAUUGAACUGCAAGAUUCUUAUGAAAAAGGAUUUUGGACAGAAUUUAUGGGCAGAGUCUUUAAGUAUUUGGGAGAUGAAGGUGUAAGAGAAGAUGAAAUGAAAAGAGCAGUGACAUCAAUGCCGUUCACUCUGGGGAUGGUGGAACUUUUGGACUUUAUAAGGAAGAACAAGGAUAAAUUUGACUGCAUCAUUAUUUCAGAUUCAAAUUCAGUCUUCAUAGAUUGGGUUUUAGAAGCUGCCGGUUUUCAUGAUGUAUUUGAUAAAGUGUUUACAAAUCCAGCAGCUUUUGAUAGCAAUGGUCAUCUCACUGUGGAAAAUUACCAUGCUCAUUCUUGCAGUAGGUGCCCAAAAAAUCUUUGCAAAAACGUAGUUUUGGUAGAAUUUAUAGAUAAACAGUCACAGCAGGGAGUGAAUUAUACACGAAUUGUUUAUAUAGGUGAUGGUGGAAAUGAUGUCUGUCCAGUAACUUUUUUAAAGAAGAGUGAUGUUGCCAUGCCACGGAAAGGAUAUACUUUACAGAAAACUCUUUCCAGGAUGUCUCAAAAUCUUGAACCCAUGGAAUCUUCUGUUGUAGUUUGGUCUUCAGGUGUUGAAAUAAUUUCUCACUUACAAUUUCUAAUAAAGGAGUAAUAUGCCAACAAUUGAAA